AUGCUCAUUGACUCGUCGUCGUGGUUUCUGCAACGCAGCUUCAAGGUCAGGCUGCCAAAGCAGAAGAGCAUCGCAGGCGGGGACAAAGUGCGAAGUCUCGGAAAGUAUCCAACGACAAAUCGAAUUCCCGGACUCCUUUUGGACAAGCCUUCAACAAUAUCUCACAAUGCGCGGAGGCGUGCUACUGGCCGAGGCGAUGGCGGCGGAGGACCUUUGCUGGGCAAGCUCUUCGCUCCCUCACUGGACCAGUGGAGCGGCAUCCACGAGUCCCUGAAGGACCGGACACAGUCACAGAGGGGCCUCAGCUCCUUCAUCGCACAGCUCGGCUCCGAGGCUCCCAGGGGCAGGAGAUGCAAGGGCCGCAAGGGAGCGAUUGCAGGGGGCCAUAAAAUUGGAAAAGAUUGGGAAAGCGCCCCGGCUCCUCGUUUUGCACCGGUGCCGGCGGUGGUGCCGGCGGUGGUGCAGCCCGGCACCGCCGGCAGCGCGCCCUUCGGUGUCGGACAUGGCCCAAGGGGCCCCAGCCUUUCAACUCCGUGGCCUGCCCUUGGCAGGGAAAGGGAGCGCGACCACUUGGUGCAGGGCUUGGCAAGUGAGGCGAAGGAAAGUGAGAGACGAGCUUCAGCUGCCACUGCCACCCCGGCACUCGACCAAGUCGAUCAUCUGAGCGACGCGCCCCUGAACUUCUCCCCUCGUACAGAGGAUGCGGAGGAGGAGGAAAGCCAGCCCUACCAACUGUUGGACUCGGCUCAACAUGGGCAGGACCUGAUUGUCUCACACACCAGCAAAGACCAGGCGAGUGUGAGCCCGACGAAAGCCAAGGAAGAAUGGUGGAAGUUGCAGCGGCGUGAAGAUGAGGAGAAACGGCUGACAGAGCAGCAACACCUUGUGGAGCAGAGGGCGCAGGCAGCGAGGGAGACAAUCCUGGCCAGCUCCACGAGCUCCGCAAGGGAAUCUGCAAGGGAAUCCGCAAGGGAGGAGAAGGAGGAGGAUGCCAAAGAGCCCUCGCGUGUUUCUGAAGCCGUUGCGACACCCGUUGUGACGGUGCAGGACAGGGGGCCCUCGCCAAACAAACUUCCCCUUGACUUGAUUGCGAGCCAUUUGGCUCCCAGGUCAGCUCGCCCCAAUUCCCCGAUGAUGCCAAGCGAUGGCACGGGCUUCCCGCCUCGGGGCCACGCUGCGGUCUUUCUUGCCGAUCCCUUCGCCCCGGUGGUCAUCGUCGGUGCUGGGAGCGCCGGUGCCCACCUGGCCUACCGCCUUUCCGAGAACCCCGACUGCAACGUCCUGCUCCUGGAGGCUGGGCGUCAAGAUAACUCCCUCUUUGUGCACGUGCCCGUCUGCUACUUCAAGGCGAUCGGAAGCUCUCUCGAUUGGAAGUACCAGACAGACCCUAACACUUCGGGACUGAACGGCCGCAGCCUGGCCUGGCCACGGGGCAAGGUCUUGGGGGGAUCUUCGUCCCUAAAUGGGUUGCUCUACAUCCGGGGCCUCAAAACGGACUAUGAUGCCUGGGCCGAAGCUGGUAACCAGGGCUGGAGCUACGAGGAGCUGCUGCCCCACUUCCGACGUUCCGAGGAUGCGCCUUUCGACCACCCCGACAGGGGCAGAAAAGGGCCCAUGAGUGUCUGUGAAGGGAGCUACCGCACUGACCUCGCGGAACGGUGGUCUGAUGCCUGCGCGGAUGUUUGCGGCGUGCCUCGAGUCCGGGACAUGAGCCUGGUGGCCGGCGACACACACUCUCGCGGCGCGGGCGUGGCCUACUUCUCCAACUUCAAGACACCUGGUGGUUUCCGGUGCUCCAGCGCACUGCCGUUGCACGAAGUUCGGCUCCAGCGACCCAAUCUUCACAUUCUUUGCAAUGCUCAGGCAGAGCAGCUGAUGGUCCAGGGUGGCCGUGUGGUUGGGGUACAGGCCCGUCAUGAACGAAAUGAGCUGGGCAUCAACGCCAAAGAAGUUGUUCUCUGCGCUGGGGCACUGGGUUCACCGCAACUGCUGCUGAAAAGUGGCAUCGGGGCUCCAGGCAGACUAGAGAAGGCACAGCUGACCUGCGUCCACGCUUUGCCUGGCGUCGGCGAGAACUUGCAGGACCAUCUUCAACUGAGGCCGAAGUUCCGUGUGCAAGCUCCGACGCUGAACUCACAGGUCGGGGAGUUGGCCCGGCACGUUGCCGUGGGUGGAUUCUUGGGCUGGGCGAAAGCAGCCCUGAGCCCUGCAGCCUGGCGCUACGGCUUCGAGUUCCUGGCACACCGCACAGGCCCUGUGUCCAUGGCCGCCUCCCAGGUUUGCGCCUUCGUGGCAUCCUCCAGGAACACGCAUGCGUCCGCGGACCCCCCGGACCUGCAGUUCCAUUUCCAGCCGCUGAGCACGACAGGCACCCCGGCGGUGUUCUUGGACACAUUCGACGCUUUCACGGCUUCGGUGUGCAUUCUCAGGCCCGAAAGCCGUGGACGUGUGGAGCUGCUCCCUGACCUUUCGCUCCGAAUCUCCCCGCAGUAUCUGUCAACACCUGGAGAUGAAGCCCUGGCCGUGCGGAGCUUGCAGCUCGCCCGCGAGAUCUCGCAUCAUCCUCUGCUUCGUGAGAUAGCUGUGACGGAGGUGGACAUGCCAGAGAGCUUCUCGAUUCAAUAUGCCCGGAGCAUUGCCGAGACCAUCUAUCAUCCGGCCGGCACCUGCAAGAUGGGACCCAGCAGUGAUCCCACGGCAGUGGUGGACCCAAAGCUGCGCCUGCACGGCUUGGAUGGGCUGCGCGUUGUGGAUUGCUCGAUCAUGCCCACCAUCACAUCGGGCAAUACCCAUGUGCCCACGGUGAUGAUCGCUGAGAAAGCCUCGCAGAUGAUGAGCCACUGA